CUAGCGUCUGUGUGUGGAGCACCCUUCCUUUCUUCCCUCCCUCAUUUUUUUGUGUCCUUGGCUGAUCACAUGCCUGAUAUCCUCAAGAACAUCUUCAAGAAAAAUCCUGGAUGUCCUUAUGAAUAAAAGAAAAUCCAUGUUUUGAGGAAAUAAGCUUAUGUGAUUGUAAUUUACCUUGAAUGUGAAACAUGGCUAACGAAGUAGCAAUCAUCAUUGUUAUCCUGCUGACCCAUGUGUCUGUUGUGGAAACUCUUGAUUUUUCAGGAGUAAGUACAGAUUUAGAGUUUAGCUACACAGAUGGACCAGUGCAUCAUAUAAGACGAAGAAGUGCAGAUCCAGUGGAAUACAUUAUAGUUGUGGAAGUAAAUGAACCCGAAACUGUAGCAAUCAGCGCAAUCAAAUCUUCUGUGAACUCUGUCGUACUUCCAUUAAAAGUGGACAAUGGUAUUGACAUUACAGCUUUCAACAUUUCAACAGUGUGUUCACUGAACCAAACACAGUAUCAGUGUAAAUGUGAGGGGCUGUUUGUUUGGCCAAAUGACACCUGUCACUUAUAUGAAGCCUGUGAUGACAUCACUGAUGGUUCAUGUACAUGUAUCAAUGCCCUGCCAACUGAUGGACAGUUCUGUCAAGAUAUAAAUGAGUGUCUGUUCAGUCCAUCUGUAUGUGGUCCAAAUGCUAACUGCACAAAUGAAAUGGGAAGUUACCAACUCAUGUCUGGAUGGAUUCACUGCAACAAACUCAAGUCUCCCAUAUCUCAGCACAAAUAA